CCUGGCUUCCGCGCGCCCCAGGAACAGCUGGGACCGUGGAGAGCGGUCGGGCGAGCCCCGGCCCUGCCACGCGCCGGGCUCUGCCUUCCUCCUCCUCUUCCACCUCCUCCCCGCCGCUGCGGACUCCGCCUGCGGCUUUGUUUUCCUCCCAGGUCUCAUUCCCCACACGUGAUACCGUGUUAUUGCAAAGAGCGCUUCGGAGCGCGAGCGCGGGGCGCGCGCACCUAUAAAUACGGCCGGCCGAGCCGGGAGCCCGCGAUCGCGCGGCGCGCAGGGCCGCCAAGGCACGGGUGGGUCCCCGGCGCGGAGGGCGAGCUAGGCGCGCGUGAGUCCCAGCGGCGCCCGAGCGCCCAGGGCCCAGCAUGGCCCGCCCGCGGGAGGGCAGGGCCGCCGCCUCGCACACCGCCCGCGCCCCGCGCCCUGCCCAGCCCGGGUCGCCGAGGCUCGCGGCCGCCGCUUAGCACUAGGCACCCGCCACUCGUUUCUCCGGCUCCGCGGAACUGACGCCGCAGACGGACACAAUGGCGGCGGCGACCGCCACCGCGGGCACGGCCGCCUGCAGCAGCAGCAGCAGCAGCCGCGGCGGCACGGACGCGGCGGCCACCAGCGGGGUGCAGCCGCCGCCGCCUCCGGCGGCCACCGCUCAACCCGAGCCUCUCCGUAAGCCGCGCGUGGACCCGCGCCGCCGCCAGGCUGCCCUGUCCUUCCUCACCAACAUUUCGCUGGACGGACGGCCGCCGCUGCAGGACGACGAGUGGGGCGGCGGCGAGGAGGGCGGCGCGACCAAACCGGGAGCGAGGGCUCGGCUCAGCCUGCUGGCCGCCGGCUGCAACGCGUUCUCGGCACCGGGCACCGCGGCCGCGCCGUGGACUGCCGGCUCUAGCCCUUGCCCGCUGCCGCCCUCCCUGGUCCACCGGGCGUCGGGCGAAUCGCUGCCUCCCCGUUCAGCUCCAGCCGUCCCCGGUGCUCAGCUGCAGCUGCCGGACGGGCCGGGGGGCGCCGGACAGGAGGAGCUGGAGGAGGACGAUGCCUUCACCAACGUGCAGGUGCCACUGGCCAGCUUCUUGGGCUCCGGGACCCCCGGGAGUGCGAGCGGCAGUCGGGGCCGCCUCAACUCGUUCACUCAGGGAAUCCUGCCCAUCGCCUUCUCCAGGCAGAACUCGCAGAACUACUGCGCCUUGGAGCAGCCAGGCCAGGGCGGUAGCACCAGCGCCUUGGAGCAGCUGCAGAGGUCCCGACGUCGACUCAUCUCCCAGAGAUCAUCUUUGGAGACCUUGGAAGAUAUUGAGGAGAAUGCCCCUCUCCGGAGAUGUCGAACACUCUCAGGUUCUCCCAGACCAAAGAAUUUUAAGAAGAUUCAUUUUAUCAAGAACAUGCGUCAGCACGAUACUAGGAAUGGCAGAAUAGUCCUUAUCAGUGGCAGAAGAUCCUUCUGUAGUAUAUUUUCCGUGCUGCCGUAUCGAGACAGUACCCAAGUCGGGGACCUGAAGUUGGAUGGAGGGAGACAGUCAGCAGGGGCCAUGAGCCUGAAGGAGAUCAUUGGCCUUGAUGGUGUGGAGCUGGGGGCUGAUGGGAAGACAGUGUCCUAUACCCAGUUUCUAUUACCCACAAAUGCCUUCGGAACCCGGAGGAAUACCAUAGACUCCACCUCCUCCUUCUCCCAGUUCCGGAACCUGAGCCACCGCAGCCUCUCCAUGGGCCGGGCCAGCAGCACCCAAGGGAGCCUUGAUGCAGGAAGUGACCUGGGAGACUUUAUGGACUAUGACCCAAAUCUCCUGGAUGACCCCCAGUGGCCUUGUGGCAAGCACAAGCGAGUGCUGACAUUCCCUUCCUACAUGACCACAGUGAUUGACUACGUGAAGCCCUCAGAUCUCAAGAAGGACAUGAAUGAAACCUUCAAGGAAAAGUUUCCUCACAUUAAGUUAACACUCAGCAAAAUCAGGAGUCUGAAGAGAGAGAUGCGGAAGCUCGCCCAGGAGGACUGUGGCUUUGAAGAGCCCACAGUGGCCAUGGCCUUCGUCUACUUUGAGAAGCUCGCACUCAAGGGGAAACUGAACAAGCAGAACCGGAAGCUCUGUGCUGGAGCGUGUGUGCUGUUAGCAGCCAAGGUCGGAAGUGACCUCAAAAAGCACGAAGUCAAGCAUCUAAUUGAUAAACUGGAAGAGAAGUUCCGACUGAAUAGGAGAGAACUGAUUGCCUUUGAAUUCCCAGUGUUGGUGGCCUUGGAGUUUGCACUUCAUCUGCCAGAGCAUGAAGUCAUGCCCCACUAUAGACGCCUGAUCCAGAACUCCUAGCACAGGCCCUAAGAGGGCCAAGGACUGCGUCCUCCGAGUGCGGUGAAGCUUCACUUACUCCCAGAGACAGGAGUCAAGCUGAGUUACCCAGAGAGUCUCCUUGCAGCUUUAUUUUCACAGAGAAGCUGUACCUGGACCUUGCUAGGGAGACGCCGCUCAGGCUGGCCAAGACGAGGCAUGUGCUGGGGAUGCUGGAGGCCCUCCCUGGUCCCACAGCCGGAACUCAGUGCCGUUCUUCCUCCCAGGCACAUGUGACAUUUGAAGCUGCCCAGGGCCUUUACUGCAGUCUGGUUCUGACUGGGAGCAUGCUGUGCUGGAGCAGAGGGAACCAAAUGUGCAGGCUUGGGGGACGAGACUUAAAGUCCCCUCUCCCUGUGUCAGGAGUGUGCCAAUCUAUUUUUAUAUCUGCCAUCGGAAGUGCACUUUCCCUGGGCACAAGGGUGUGGGUGUGCAGAUGUCUGAGGGGCACUGUUACACUUGACCCCCAAAGCCAAUCCCCACCUUCUAUGGAGCUGACUUGCAAUGAUUUCUAGGUAACAAUGACUCAGAUCCAGAGUGACAGAACUGCUCUUAGGAAAUAACACUGUCUAUGAGACUACCUGCCACCCACUGGACAGAGGAACAGUUCUCGGUGUAGGAUAAGUCACGUGCAGAGUGGCGCGCUCCGACCUUCCUGCCGUCAAACCAUGGGCUUCUGUCUAGCCUCUAGCUCUGGCCUGUGGAGACAUGAGGGCUGCACUCCAUAGCGUGUAUUCUUGUGCUCUAUGUUAGAGUGCAUAAUGAGCGCAUUUAUUGUGCUAAAUACAUAUAUAUGUGUGUGUUUUAUAAAAGUCUGUAUUGGGGGUAAGACGCAUGAUUGGUGUCUUGUGGCUUUUGCAGCUGGGACAAACUACAUUUCAAGCUGUGGUUAAGUUGAUUGUUAGUACAAAAUUGUGACUUGUCCUGAUUCUCUCUGGGACUGCCUGUCCUGAAGCAUUAACCAUGCUGACACCUGGUAGUUACACAGGUGUAACUUUACUGAAGAAAGCUUGUGGCCAUGGAUAAAGAAUUAAAAUAUUUUGUUCUUUUACAGAUACAUAAA